CAGACAAUUCAUGUCUUUGAAGUUUCCUUCGAGAUGACGUUGGCUACCAGUCGAAAGAAAUCUUGCGUUCUAUGCCGAACCAGUAAAGCGCGGUGUUCGCUCGGAACACCAUGCCGGCGGUGCGAGGAAAGGGAUUUGAGGUGCAGAUACGACCACGUACCGAAGCAAUCAGCUGGAUACAGGUCUUUACGUCCGGUCCAGUCAAUCACUGACCGUAGUCUUCACGGAACGCUUGUUCAGUUGCCCAUUGGCACGGAGUCACAGGUUCGCGCCGCGGGCGAGCAAGUAAGCUUGCUUCCGGAGGACCACUCGCUUCCCGACCGGGAACCAUCAAUGGACUGGACGAAUCUCUUAUCGACAGAGACUGUAGAGAUUGCUGUAGACUCUGAGCUUAGUCUUCAGAGCCAACUCCUAGAUCCGGCCCCUUUCUCCUUGAGCUUCGACUUGCCUCAACAACGCCAGACGGUGCUUGACGGCGUUGGAGUUCCGUGGCAGCGAAGUAGCUCGCACCUAUUCAUACCGGAGGACCUUGUUGCUUUGGGCGCCAUGGAAGAUCCAGCUUAUGAAGAUCACGAAACCCCCUCAAGUGAAAUCCAGUUGCACAGGGCUUUCAGGGACUGCCCGGCAAGGAAAGUCCGACCAUUCUAUCAAGACAAACCCCUCGCCCCACGAAUCACUAAAACCGUGGCAACAUGUUUCACAGCCAGAGUGCUCCUCGGCCAGAUACUGUGUUAUCCGAUUAUGAUGGUCAAGGGUGGUCGGCUGCCGCCUUUCAUUUUCCCACCCUGUGUCAUCGACGGAUCGGCGUCAACAACUCGGUGUUGCGGCAAGAAGCUUCACCAGUGCCUUCCAGAACCGCUAGCCAUCUGUUGCAACCUCGUUCAAAGCUUCGAUCAGAGGACUCCAGGAAGUGCUGCUUUUGUGUGGAGGAGUAUCUACAGUGAAGUAGGCAGGAUCAGGCGUGAGCAUUCUUCCUAUGACUGCGAACAACUGUUACAAGCUCUCCAGGCCGUGGUCAUAUAUCUGCUGCUCCAAGCAAAUGACCUCCAAUCAAUACCAGAACACGACAUCAAAGCGCUACUAGUAGUGCCCAAUCUGUUAGCCAGAUCGCUGCACAUGACACUAGAUUACGAGCUCGACCUGGCCAAGAGGCUCAAGUUGGACCGUCGAGGCUGGGUCCUCCGCGAGAGUACCAGGAGGACAAUCUGCCUUUUAUUUGGCAUUGAGCUUUUGAUGGACGUAGACCUGAACGCCGAGGAACCGGCGGACUGCGGUGGCUAUAGUCUCUUGCCACUGCCCUCGGGGAGAGAUCUAUGGGAGGCUGUGUCUGGUGAUGAGUGGACUGCAAGAUACAGGAGGAUACGAGCCGAGUCUGACGAUGAAAAGGUCCUGAGCAUCCAGGACCUUCGAAAGGCUAGACGGGCUCUGGGAGUGGACUCUGGAGAUCGAAGCCAGGAGGAACAUCUUGUGUCUCGAGUCGCAAAGUGGUGCGAGGGUCUCGAUGAGUUUGGAAUGAUGGUUUGGAUGGCUGUCAUGCUAGAGUGACUGUAUGGAAAUUCGCAUUACCGUAUGUCAGAGUACAUGCUU